CUAGAGGAGCGGCGUAUUCUGUUCAGCCGAUGGUGAGCUGUAGCCUAGACUGCUUGUCUGUUUGAGUAGACUACCGCGCCGGUGCAGUAAAAGGACAUAUAUGUUAAUGUUAUGUAGAGUCAGCGGUCUGUGAUGAACUUAUUGUGAGUAAACAAUGGCAAAGACAAAUUUACAACGAAUGAAAUAAAACCAAGCAACGCACUCUCCCAGCGGACAAGGAACUUUGGGACGGAAUUAUAUUAAGACUCUUUUGACUAUGCUGAAUCUCUUCAUUAGUUUGGUGCUCACUGUCCAUGGUGUGGCCUCUCUGGAUCUGCUCGGUGUACAUGCUGAGCCGUAUGAGGACGUGCCCUGGAGGAUGGACCUCUGCUGUGAGCUGCUAGCUGCAGCGCAUUCGGUGGGAGAUGGUGCCACAGACAGCAGUACGUCCCACUUACCAAGCAGUGCCCUGACUACCGACCAACUCAAGUGCCACCAAGACAACUCCACUGACACAACGCACGGCAGCACAGGGGUGUGUUUGAACAUUAUGUGCUGGCUUGAUGAGGAGAAAGAAAAUCUAAUUUGUAUCCGUAAGCUACAGAGCGCAUCGGCAGACAGGCUUGUCAGCAUUAGCCUGCGGCAUUGGCCUGCGGGGGCAGACACAGGAGCAAACAGGGAGCAGUGUGAGGAGAACUCUGGCUGCCGGUGCAUGGAGGAUGACCACACCUGUUCUGUGGCUCUGGAGGGUGGCCAUGCAAAUGUGUCAGUGAUGGUGAAUGUGACCGAUGCCCGAGGCUCAAUUCUCUCAUCUGUCACGCAUAUCCACACACAAUGGCUAAAUCCUCCUAGUAACCUUCAUUACACCACAGACCAGCAGAAGGAGGUUGUUCUGAGGUGGAGUCCCCCGCAGCCUGAGGCCCUGCGUUAUCAAGUCCGCCUCUUCUCCAGCAAACAGCCUGACUGGCAGUUCUUGCCGGCAGUAAAAGACAGUUGGCUGGCCCUCAGGGACCUCUCUGAGCAUACUCUCUACACAGUCCAGGUGCGAAGCCAGAGCCUGCAGUUCCAGGAACACUGGAGCAACUGGAGCCAACCUCUCUACCUCUGUCUGAGUGACACCUGCUACAUGCCUGAGGUGGUGUUUGCCAGUCCUGGGUCUGAGGUGACCGUGUACUGCAUCAUCCAAGACACUCGCUGGAAUGCCACCAACGUCCGCUGGUGGCUAAAUGGCAAGGACCCGAUCCCAGAGAGCCAGUACCGGGCCAUCAAUGAUCAUGUGAGUGCGGUCACCUGGCGGACUAUGGCCGCAGGUGUGCAUUUCCUGCUCUGCUGUGCAAAGGGAGAGAAGGACCGCUGCAGCCACAUCUAUCCCAAAGUCUUCACCAAAGGUAACUACAACACAAAGAUUGACUGCCAGACCACUGUGGACUCUACAAACAAGAUGACAUGCACGUGGAAUAAGGAAGUCUUGAGUGAGGACCAGCUCAUGUACAAGUGGUAUGAUGGACGUUGUGAAGACAUGCAGAUGGAGGAGGAGCUGACCAACUCAGUAUCCCAGGUGACCAAGUGUCCAAGUGGUGGAGUGGGGCACAGGAAGUGCACUCUAGAGACAGUUCGCCUCAUAUCCUGCUAUAAAUUGUGGCUUGAAGAGGUUGGAGGAGAGGGACAAGUGAAGUCCCAUCCUGUCUAUGUCACACCUUUUGAUCUGAUGAAGCCCACCCCACCCAGCAACAUCCAAGCGGUCAGCAUGCCCAACGGAACCAUGCGCCUGGCGUGGUCCCCGGCAGACCCGGGGUAUGAGUUGGAGUACAAGGUCCGAUACACAGCUACUACAGAGAAGGCCAGCCUGCAGUACCUUGGGCCGCAGCUGGAGUCCUGGGCUGCGGUUGUGGUGGCCGAGCCCUGUGUGGUCUAUAAGGUGGAGGUCCAAUGCAAAAGACACAACGGAUCAGGCUACUGGAGCGAUUGGAGUGAACCCCACAUGUCCACAAUAAAAAACAGCCUUGCCCCUGAAAGAGGACCUGAGUUCUGGCGACAGCUUAAGGAAGACUCCAUGAGGAACCAGGUCAACGUCACCUUGCUAUUCAAGGCUCUUUCCAUUGAGGAUCCCCCACGCUGUGUCGAAGGACUUGUAGUUCAGCAUCAGAGCAGUGGGGGCGCUAUGUGGUCGAGUGAAACUGCUUUAGGAGCCUCCCAUGCAUUCCUGUUGGGGCAGGAGCCCCUCACCGUCACUGUAAUGGCACGCAACUCUGUCGGAGAUUCGUCCAACAACCACAUCCUGACUCUAACCAGGAGCCCUAAACGACAGAGUGUUCAGUCGUUCACCGCCCGCGUGAUAAACAGCACGUGCGUGGACCUGAGCUGGACCCUGCUUCCUGGUGGUCCCGCUCCACUGGCCUUCGUCAUCGAGUGGCCCCAUCCCAACGGCGAGCUGCAGCAGAGAGGACAAGCAGCGGAGAAUGUGCAGUGGAUAAGAGUGCCCCCUAGUGACCGAGCAGCAAAUGUGCAUGGCCAUUUCUAUGGUGCGGAGCAGCAUAAGUUCACACUCUACACACUCUAUAAGGAUGGAGAGGGGAAACCUGUCCAGUGCAUUUCAUCCAGAGAAGACCCGGCGGCAUACAUGCUGUUAAUGAUCAUUGCCUUCCUGGCCGUGGUCCUGUUUGUCACUCUGAUCAUCUCCCAGAAUCAGAUGAAGAAGUUGAUGUGGAAAGAUGUUCCAGAUCCUAACAAAUGCUCAUGGGCUCAAGGUGUGGAUCUCAAAAAGGUGGAGAAUAUUGAGAGCUUAUUCAGGCACCCUGACGGUCUUACUGCCUGUCCACUGCUGCUUAUAUCCGAGGUCGUAUCCGAGGCAGAGGUUGUGGAAAAGACUGUACCUGCAACAUUCCAGAAAGAAAUGGAAACUGGCGGAAUAUCCAAGGAAACCACUGUCUUGAUGCCCACUCACAUGUCUCUCUCAGACUCAGUCUCCGCAGAACCAGUUUCUGGAGGGACGUCAGGUAUCUUGGAGACACCAGAGUCUUCAGGUCAGUCUGCGGUGUCCGGGCAGUCGUCGGUGACAUAUGCCACGGUGCUCCUCAAUGACCAACCCUGCCAGCGCCACAAACACAACCAGGAGAACCUGAGCAGCUCCAGCGACGAGGGCAAUUUCUCCGCCAACAACUCGGACAUCUCGGGCUCCUUCGGCCUGUGGGAGAUGGAGCAGGCGGUGCUGGAGACCGGGGAGACCGACCCCCGCCACUCCAGCUCCUACAACUCAGUGGAGCUGGAGUUUUCCGAGAAUUCCGAGGAGGAGGACGAGGUUUUAACAAGUCGACGGGUGUCCUCAGAACUCUACUAUCUUGGCAUGGGCUCCCAGGAUGAUGACCAGGAGGAAGACGCCGAUGGCGACGAUGAAGAUGAAGAGGAAGAGGGGCCGACAAAGCUAGAGGGACCACAUUUAGGCUCCUUGAGAGAGGAAGGGGUCCUGGUGUGUGUGGAGCCAGCCUCACAAUGUAAUUCUCCAUUGGCCCGCCGGGACUCCAAAAGCAGCUGCUCCAGCUGUGCAUCUCAGAGCGGCCUGCCCCUCUACCUGCCCCAGUUCCGGACAGCCGCCGCUAAGCCCAUCAGAAGCUGGCCAGAAGACCACGUCCUCCCACUGUGAAUGAAGGUAGAGCAUCCCAUGCUGUGUCUGAUGAGUGCACAUCUCUGUUUCCCCUUUGGAGGAGAUGAGAUGCCACUGCGCUCUUGUCACUCAUUAUCCACCUUGAGCUACUGAUCUCUACUCAGUUGUCCAUACUCCAGGCUUGACUGAAAGGAUUUAUGGGAAAGGCCAGCACUGGCCUGAGGUCAGUCAUUAAAGGUGUAAUAUAGUGACAUUAAGAGUCAUGUGCUUGUGGUCUGUCUGUGAAUGGAUCGUUGAUAGAACACUGGUUAACAUGACGAUGAGAAAUGCUUGUUUGCACCUUGAUUGCCUGUUAAAGGCUGAGGAAUAUGAGAGAAGGUUCCGAGUUCUGCUGGAAGCUGAUGAUGUUGACUGCUCUGAUGAACACUAGUCAGAGGGGGAGAGAUGACUGAAAAGAUGGGAGAGUUAAAAAAAAAAGCAAAGUUUUGGGUUCUGCGUUUAAAAGCUGCUGGUUGACAAAGCAUGACUGUCUGACAGUUGUGUGAGAAAAUGCUCUCUCCACCUGCAUUUGCAUUCCAAGAAAUGAAUGUUUCUUGGGAAGAAAUAAAAUCUCUGAUUCAAAUGGAUGUUUGGUGUUAUACAUUUUUGUCUUGUAAUUUUGUCAUGUAUACUGUUGCCAGCAGGUUCUCCCAGGAAACAAAAUGUGCCAUCUAUUUUCAUCAUGUGCUGUUUUCUAUGAAAAAGCUGAUUGUGCUGUGAUCAGUUGAAUGUAUAUUUACCUUACAAGGAUGGAAAAUGAGUAAAGGGUGUACACUCUUGUCUAUUUUUGUGGUUCAAAUAAACUAUUUAUUGCAAGUUU